GUGAAACCAGGUGAAGAGAAACCUAGUGAGGAAGAAAAUCCUUCAGAGGAAGAGAAGCCUUCUGAAGAAGAAAAACCCGCUGAAGAAGAAAAGCCUUCAGAGGAAGAGAAACCCACUGAAGAAGAGAAACCUAGUGAAGAAGAAAAACCAUCCGAAGAGGAGAAACCAGCCGAAGAAGAAAAGCCAUCAGAGGAAGAGGAGCCGUCUGAUGAAGAGAAACCCACUGAAGAAGAAAAUCCUUCAGAGGAAGAGAAACCUUCAGAGGAGGAAAAACCAUCCGAGGAAGAGAAGCCUUCAGAGGAAGAAAAGCCCGCUGAGGAAGAAAUCCCAUCUGAUGACGACAAGUCUUAUGAAGAAGAGGAGCAAUCAGAAGAGGAAAGCGAGCAGAAGAAAACUCCGCCAAGAAGAAAUCCACCAAGAGGGCCAAAUAAAUACAGGGAUAUGAAGUGGUCUAAAGAAUAG